UUUGUUUCUUUUGUUUGAAAACUCAAGCAACGGUGCAUUGUGCAUUUUGAAUAUUUGAAAUCGUAUUCAUUUCAUCACACAGAUUCUCGUAUAAUAUCUUCUUUAAUUUGUGGAUUCCCGAUAUGGAAUCUGCUGGUUUAUUAAAUUACCAAAGGACUAGUGUUGCGGAUUCUUCUAGUUUGACUCCUGUGAAGCCCAGACUCGGGAGAUUUGUAGAUGUUUACUCGCCUGAGCAUCUAAAUAUAACACCACGACCAAAACCAAAACUCACGUUCACUGAAGCCAGGGAUGAUAGUCCAAAUUUUCAUACCCCUGAAAAGUAUACCGAAGUUGAUUUUAAAUGCAGAACUGCAAAAGCCCAGCAACGUUUCCGGAAUGUGUUUAGCAACUGUUCAUUUGAAGGAAACCAGAGCUUCCCGCGCCUGAGCCGCAAAGUGCGACCCAUUACCAUGGAACUGGAGACACCUACCAAAGUCAAACAGGCUGUUGAUCUAGUCAGAGUUGAUGGACCAAAUGGACUUAGGUUCAACACAUCCCUUGCUACUGAUGUGGCCGGAUCCCCCGCUCCAUCUCAGACUGAACGCUUACAACAAACUAUAAACCCAAGCAAGGCUGUCUUUACUAUUGAACCUAAGACAUCAAAGAUUUUAAUAGUAAACAACAAGGCGUGCUCCUUGCUGGGUUACUCUUCAGGAGAGCUGUGUGGUCUUCGCUUCUCAGACCUGCUACGCAACAGAAACUGCAAGACUUUCAGUCUGCCUGAAGACUGUGAUACUUCUGAGGACGGGACUGUUGUUUUGCUCAGUGGAAAGGUUGUAGAACUAAUUUCAAAAGACGGUGGUUCAGUGCAAGUGUCAUUGUGGAUAAGACAACUUGAUAAUGAUGGUCCAUGCUUAGUUGUAGCAGAGCCUGUGAAUUGUAAGAAUGUUGUGUUAACAGUAGAAGCAGACACAGGCACAGUGGUAUCGUGUGAAGGCGCUUCAGCCGCGGCCCUGUUCGGUGCGGAGUCGCGCGACAAGCUGCUGGGGGUGCCGCUGGCCACGCUCAUACCUAACGUGCGGCUACCCGCGUACGACGCGCCGGUGCCUAGGAAUAUGGCUAAGCAGAAGCUUACAGGGAGAACUCUGGACGGUGGAUGUUUCCCGCUCUGUCUAUGGAUUUCGAAGCCGGACACCACAGACUCUACGUUAUGGAACUCCGUCGUCAAGCCACACCGGCCAGUGUUUGAAGUCAAUGUCAGGGUUACCUACAACGUCAGUGGGCUCCUAGUAGUAGACGAAAGUGGUAUUAUAACAGCCUGCAACCACCACUUUGCCAUGUUAACGUUCGGCAAGCCACACUCGGAAGUCAUAGGCCAUCAUAUCGAGGACGUUAUUCAGAACUUCUGCCAGGAAGCCGAUAUUGUCAAGAUACCUGAGAGGAAUAGGAAUAUGACACUGUCGCCGGUUAAUAAUGAAAAUAAUGGGUCAGCAUCAGACACCGACGAAGACUCGUGCGGAGCGUUCAACGGCAGCCAGAAAUCAGCUUGCAUGUCACUCAACGUCCAUCCAUCCAUGCUGUCCACGACCCGAGAGAAAUCGUCCAGCGCCCUCUGUCUCGACAAGUCCUGUAGCAUGGUCACCCACACCCCCACCCCCACACAAGACAUGGUCUCCAGCAUCAGCACCACGGAACAACGAAACGACAUAUCAGCGUUACCUGACGUCACUUCCGGCAUGUCAGGAAUAUCCAUAGACGACGAGAAUUUUGGUCACAGCAGCAUAUCGAAGUCCCGUUCGGAAAAUAUACUGCGUUCCGAACAAAGCAAUCCUGCGAAACUAGUUCCUAAGCCUUCGGAGAAAUCUGAUUCUAUAUACUAUACUUCUCAACAUUCUCAGGAGGUAACGCCAACUGGGAAUGCCCCUAGAGUGAGACUCAACGAUCCUUCAUUAAGACUUUCCUUCGAUUCAAGUAAAUAUAGGUCUCUAAAAGCUAAUUUACCAGGAAAAGAUGAUAAAACAAGUCUGUCAUUAGACUUCUGUGAUUCUAAUGAGACGAGUGCAGAUUUUCUGACUCCUAUAAACGAGAUGCCGCCCCCUGGUUGUGAAAUUGAAGACUUGCCGAAACACAACGGCAAUGAAAGUGUUGAUAGUUUGAGUAAUGAUAACGAUUUGGAGACACAGACUGAAUCUGCGCCAAGGAAAUUGUAUUCAGACGACGCACCUGAAACUCCUUGCGUAGCCAAACGUAUAGUUCGCACUCUGUUGAUGACGUCGACGCCGCAACACUCGCGCAGCAAGAUACCGGCGUGUGAGUGCGCUACUGACUGUCAGCACAAAGACGGCACUUACCGGGGCGUGGUGAUGCAUAAGGAUGGCACUCAUCUUAACGUACUAUACACGGUAUCAAGCAUGCAGCUAGCGACCGGCAGUCGGGUCCGCUGUGUAUGGCUCGGCGUGCAGCUAGAAGAUGCCGCGCGACACACCACGCUGGCCUCCAGUGUUGCGUCUACUGCCGACAACUCGCUCGUGCUUGGUAACAAGUCAGCGGGCAGCCGACCUCAGUCCAUGUCGCUGGUCAGCCAGUGCGGCGACGAGCAAGUCUCCGGAGAGUACAACAAACACUACGUUACGCUAAAACAGAUCGGUAAAGGCGCAUACGGUUGCGUGAAGAUGGCAUACCGUCGCUCAGACCGUCUGCUGACGGUCGCCAAGUUCAUCCUCAAAGAGAAGGUGGGAGCACAGUUCUGGGUGGACGCGGCCGACGGCACCCGCGUGCCGCUCGAGCUCAGCCUCCUGCUCACGCUCAAGCAUCCCAACAUUGUGAGCGUGGUCGACGUUUUCGAGAAUGAAAAGUAUUUCCAAAUGGUAAUGGAAAAACAUGGCGCGGGUAUGGAUUUGUUCGAAUUCAUCGAACGACGACCGAGACUCGACGAGCCUCUACUUAGUUAUAUAUUUAGACAGAUAGGACAAGCAGUCGAGUACCUCCAUUCCCUAAACAUCUUACACCGCGACAUAAAAGACGAGAACGUGAUCAUAGACAACAAGUUCCACGUCAAACUCAUAGACUUCGGUUCGGCCACGUUCAUGAGCAAAGACACACUGUUCUCCACCUUCUACGGUACUACUGAGUAUUGCAGCCCUGAAGUUCUAGCGGGAAACAAGUAUGCUGGCCCUGAGCUAGAGAUGUGGUCAAUGGGGAUAACUCUGUAUGUGCUGACAUUCUUUGUUAACCCGUUUUCGGACAUUGAAGAUACGAUACAAGGGCCACUUGCUUUCCCGCAGGUUGUUUCUGAAGAUUUAGAGCAGCUCCUCCGUUGGAUGCUGUGCAAGGAGCCUGCCAACAGAUGCACGAUAUCGCAGCUGAUGUCACACGCGUGGAUCCGACAGCCGGUCGCCAUCUCCAAUUAUGUGUUCCAUGAGAUUGUAGAUUGCGAUCGUCAUGAAGCGAAUCCUGAAAUGUAUUACAGCGGCAGUCUCGGUUCACCACGCAGUGGAUCACCCAUAUCAUUAGCAGAUCCAAUGGUUAAAGAGCGUUCAAAUCCUUCAGAAGUGGCGAUCCGUUCAGACGGCAAGAAUGUGUCCCGCGACGAGCCCAAGCGCAACUCCAUCGCCGUACUCGCGCUUACUACCGACAGAGAUGCACAUUCUGACAACUACAGCCUCCGGUCAUCUGCCGAUAUCUUGGACAUAUCAUCAAAACCGGUAUCGGAGGCUGCUCUAACGGACAUCAGUUCUGACGCCACCGGCCACGCGGCCUGCGACAUCGACUACGAUUGUGAUCAGUACGAAUGCGACAGCUGGGACGAGUGUGAACAAGAUAGCUUCUCUUAAACGUCAUUCAAAUUCUACUAUGUUUGUUGAAAAUUCUACCAAAAGAAUGGCAACUCGAGAAAGCUCCGCCCACUUAUGUAAAAUGCUCGGGUUGACCAAAGUCUGUCUGUAUUUUUCUACAUUUUGUUUGUCACCAUCAAAACGGUGACAAACAAAAUAUUCCAAAUGAGACAAACUAAUAGAACGAAAUAUUUGCUAAAAAAAAAAAUGUUCAGCUGUCAAUGGUUGUUACUUUCAGCGAAUAUUGCCAUCAUUGUUGGUUCAUCAAUGUAACACGCGGUCGAUGUCAAAAAGAGCUUUCAAUGUAAUGGAAUCUUUGAUGUCUGAAAGCUAUAUAAAAAUAAAACAUUUGUAGCUAGACGUUGCUAAUGAUUGAACAACUUAUAUCAACUCAGCAAAGUUAAAAUAUUUUUUGCUUGUCAAAAGGUGAGGAUGAAUAUCUAUGAAUUAAUUAAUGUGUAAUAUCCAUCCCUUCGCCGUGUCUUUAUCGAUGUCCGAUAAAAUUACUCGAUAUUGUAUCGGUAAUAUAAUUAUUAUAUCAAAUGAUUAGGGUAAGUAUCCCUGUUUGAGUUAAUCCUUAGAAUUAUUAUCAGGUUGUAUGAGUGUACCUGUUCCUUUCAUCAUUAUAGUAUGUAAGAUCUGAACACUGAAAUAACAAUUUAAUUUUGAAUCGAUUUGAAAUCAUGAGACAUUUUUUUCUGUAAAUGAAAUACAGCGGCGACAAGAUGUCCACUCAGAACUAAGUGAUGUUUCUGUGUUCAGACUUUAUACCAAUUAGUUGUGCGUUAACAGUAUUAAGUUAGGCUUCUAAAUUAUACCUUUAUAUAGUCUGUUUUUUAAUCUCGUAGACUAAAUUGACACUUGCAAAAUGUCAAACUUUCUAAUAAUUUUGCUAGCUCUGUGGUGCAGUGUUGUACUUACGAUACCGGUUCGUUGAAUCGUAACUUUUUACAAUAAGUCAUCCUGAAAUAAUGGGCUUAUCCUUGAUGAUUACGCAUGGCUUUGCGUGGUCAGAUAUCCCUGGCAGUUUGUAGCACGUCGUACAGCCAUGUGUACGUACGUGAAUUUUAAAUAUAAAACUUUGAAUGAAUAUUAAAUUCGUCUAUUAUAGAUAAAAAGUUACGAUUCAACGAACCGGUAUCGUAAGUACAACACUGCACCACAGAGCUAGCAAAAUUAUUAGAAAGUUUGACAUUUUGCAAGUGUCAAUUUAGUCUACGAGAUUAAAAAACAGACUAUAGUUAUAUAUCAAAACGGGUAACAUUCAAUUCGAGUGAAAAAUGACCAAAUUUUAUAUAGUCGUAGAAUCACUAUUAUUUAAAGUUUAAAGAACCUAUUUCUUAAAAUCAUAAUGAACCUAAUUAAAAAUGUCACCUAAGUUGAUUUUUGGGUGUAAAUUAAUGUUAAAUUCUUUAGUAUUUUAAAAAUUCGAAUAAAACUAAUUUAAUUGAUCUCAAUUACGUAAUUAAACGCUAGGAAUUGCAUAAUGUCACUUGUUUAUAUUUAAAGCACCCAUUGAUUGUAACACAGAAUAUUGCCACGAUUUACAUAAGAUUUAAGAUUCAAUUGUUUACUUAUAAGCAAAUUCUAUCACCACUUCAUAUUCUUCCGAUUGUUAGAAAUAAAUAUAUCAUAAUAAUAAAUAUUUGCAUGAAUUGAAAUAGUAAAUAGCUCUGAGCCGUCUUCCUAUUGUUGACGCUGAUUUUCAAAUAUUUUAUGAAUAAAACUGCGACCGCUGACGUUCUCAGACACUUUAAAAGAUAUUUUUAACCAUGCAUGCAUGGGUGCUAUAAGCGAGCUACUAAUCCUUAACCCCCCUUUCCCAGGAACCUCUUGCUAAAAUAGGCAUAGAGAAAUUCCUUCGAACUUCACUAAAAUAAUGCACUAUAUGGGCUUAAUAGUUGAUUCAAUAUACCACUAUGUGCAUGAUUAGGCCAAAAUAAAUAACUUUAUUUAAUAUAUUUGUUAUCGUCUUAUCUACAAGUACUGUGCUCGGAAUACAUCUGCAACGUUCACUCACAACUUUAGGAAUACUAAUAAAAAGCCACUAAUAAAGAAAACAAAUUAAUCUUUGUCCAAUCAUUCAAGUUAAAUGUAGAUGUACUUACAGCACUUUUGUGUUAGUUACUUAUCAAAUAUUAUAUUAUAAGAUAGGUCAUAUAUGUAUUAUAAAAUAAAAUAUCCAGGAAUGUACAGUGAAUUUCUAUUGCAAUUGUUAUUAAUGAUUCAUUCCGUUUUGCCAAAUCUAAAGAUGUAUUGCAAUAUAACUUCAUUGUUCAAUACCUAACUCUUAUGACUAAAUUUACCGAAAAUCAGUAUUAAGACAAUACUUUAAAAUUUUCUUACAGGCUAAUUACUAGUUUUAGAGUUAGAAAUCCUAAAAGAACCAAAUUUAUUCAUAUUAUUUGUAUAACAUUGUAAAUAUCAUGAAGUAAAUGUUAACAUAUCUGUGUUGGGUUCAAAUAAGUAGAUUUUCUGGUUCAUUUGUAAAAUUGUUACUUAACUCGAACAAUUUUAUAUGUGAGUCCUUAGAGCAGUAUUUAAUUGAUAUUCUAAGAAUUAUAUUUUUGUAGUGUUCGAUUAUAAUUUGUGUUAAUUUCAAAUGUAGUAAUUAUUUAUGUCCGGUACGUCCGUUUCGUACUUAGUGCCUUACGACGGACGGCGGGUUACGUUGCUCGUGUAGGACGCUGUGACCACUCAUCGUAAAUAAACGAUAUGAAUUCCCUA